CCCGAUCAAGCUUCUCCCUCAAUUACUUCUCCAGGGAAACGAGGCAUUGACACUCGUCGUUCGUUCGUUCGUUCUUUGACAAGACAAGAAGUGAUCCAUUCAUUUAAUACUGUCUACUUGCUCGCCUUCCUCUCGUCUUGCAACCCCUUCCCUUCUCCUCCAUCAGGGGACACUGUGCCUAGGUACUUACUGUUUCUCAACACCUGACGUUUCUUCCGUUGAUAGUUACGGCUCAACAUGCGAGUCUCGGGUCUCAUCAUCGACUUGCUCUCGGCCCUCACCCUCCUGAGCUACGUUGUUGGUUCAGCAGCUCACCAGGAUGGCUUCUGGCGACGACUCCGUCGGGGAAUAGCCAAGGAUGAAGGAUACCCGAAAGUUGAGCCUGUUGGUGGACCUGCUCCAGUUGAGGAUGCAUACACCUACCCUUAUGGCUAUCCUUCGCCAGCUUAUACUUCCACAACCCACGCCACUGUUGAGGUGUCGUCGUCGACCCCGGCUUCAUCGGCUACCGAAUCCUCGCCUACGGGGGAGGGUUCAAGCAACAUAUCUCGCCCCACGGAGACCUCUUCGGGAAGCUCUGUUCAGUCUUCUUCUGUCCAGGACACGUCUUCCGCUACUGCACAGGAAACCAGUGUUUCCUUAUCGGCAGAAUCUUCGCAGACAACGUCAACCGGAAGUGGACCAACCACGCACCUUUCUACGAGCAGUAUAUCGAGCCCCACCUCUACUUCGGAGACAGAGGCGCUUUCGAGCUCGUCUCCUCCAGCCAGCGAGAGCACGUCCACGUCAGUCACACCAUUGUCGACACCUGUCCCAUAUGGAGCACCUUGGAGCUCAAUAACUCCCAUUUCGUCGACGACUGCCUCACACUCGGAGUCGUCUCAAACCAAUGUUCCUGCGGAGAGUACCAUCGUUACGUCCUCGACCGCUGUUUUCUCUCAGAGCCCAAACACGGAGACCACAGUGCAAAGUUCCGCAACCUUGAUGUCCCUGUCUCAACCACCCACUUCUUCGUACCCGGGUUACCCGUACAUCACUCCCUCGGCCCAGUCUUCCAGUUCCGUGCCUAGCUCUUGGAUCAGCCCCGCGGAAAGCUCAAGCACCUCUGCACCAACCACUCUCCAGACAGUGUCGAGUACAUCUCCGUGGUCGAACUCGAACUCAACUCUUGCGACAGCUCCAUCCUCCGGCGGACUGAGCCUCUCGACUGGCCUUUCCGGCUCACAGAGCACAACGCAGUCUUCACAGAACUCGGUUUCUAGCACCUCAUUUUCAGGAUCAGUUCUCCCAACUACCAAACCCCUGCCCCCGACGUCGCCAAACACCACAUAUUCGACUUCUACCCCACUCGGAACUGGGACUGCCGUAUCGUCAGGGGUUGGAUCACUGACCUCCUCAUCAUCUGGCCCUUACCCACUGUCAAAUUCCACCAUCCUCCCGGGGCCAACUGGGAGCGGCUCUCUGACCACAGGCGGAGUCUCCAGCUCAUCGUCAGGCACAGCAUUCUCCACAGGUGCACCUGUGACAACCAGUUCUGGAUCUGCUGGUUUUCCACCUCCAAGCCCCUCGCCGAAUUCCGCUCCAUUCCCGCUCACAAACACUACCUCACUCCCCAAUUCCUCAGAGACUGCCGCGUCCGCUUCGCUCACAAGCUCGGGAUCUCCGCCGUUCCCAACCUUCAACUCCACGCUCACAGGAGCCCCGAUUACAACGGCCCCGUCAGGGAGCAUCGUGAGUUCUGGGCUAUCGUCCUCGUUGGGUACAGCGUCGCCUCCUUUUCCCCUAUCCAACUCCACAUUGCCCCAGACGACUGUCCCCAGCGGUACUAUUCCUGGUACCAUCAGUAGCGCGACUGCAACAUUAUCGCCUCCUUUUCCCUUGUCAAAUUCCACGGUCACCCCGGCGCCAACUGGGAGCGGACUUGGCACCAUUUCGACUCAGCCUCCGCAAUCCACAAACGGUUCGUUUUCUUCGAGUCUCGGCACCGCCCAUUGCACUGGGCGACCCGCGUCGAGCUCGCCGCCGUUCCCGGUAACAAACUCCACCAUCCAAACCGCCCCGACGGGAACCUCGGGCAGUGUGAGUGCUGCUUCUUCAGGGGCAGCGACUGGAGGCACAAGCUCGACCUGUUCAGAGGCCACAAGCUCUCCUCCCUAUCCUCUUUCGAACUCGACAGCACCAUCAACAGGGGGAUCCACAAAUUCUCUGCCGCAUCCAAGCGGGACCGCAACUGGUGUCACUGGUACCUCUGGUUCCUCGGCUGUCAGCUUUACCCUAGGAACGGGAUUCAGGUCGUCUUCAUCCCUGGCGCCAUCCAGCUCUCGGCCGUAUCCUUUGUCAAACUCGACUAGCCUGAGUGGUCCCACUGGAUUCCCAACUGCGAGCUUCCCUAGUCUGACAAGCUCUCCAUUUGGCACAGGCAGCUUCAGCGCCACGCCUGCAACAUCAACUUCCGCCCCUCACUCUGCGCCUUCCACCAUUACGCCAGGAACAGGAUCCCAGGGGGUUACCCCUGCAGUUACUUCAUCCAAUCCCCUUUUCCCGACGUCCAACACCACAAGCGUGUCUCUGACGGCCGAGACAACCUGUGAGGACGAGACCACGGUGCAACCGGCGACCAGCAACACCAUACCAAGCACCUUCUCCAUCCAAACCGUAGAAUCAACCACCUUCAUCACGGCGACGACCUUCACGACCCUAACGUCCGUGGUCUCGACGUCGACGAUAUCAAGCAGCGCCGCGCCGUCCGAGCCAGCCUCGCCGACGCCGACUCUCAACCCCCUGGACUCGGGCAUGGGCCCGCUCGACCACCACCACGAUCACGACGGCGGGCCGGAGACGGAUGGCCGGUGGUCGCGAUGGAAGCCGCACUGGCGCUUCCCGAGACCGGGUGUGCAGCAUCAGGGCCGGGUAGUUCCUGUGCAGUGAGGCGGAACGAUCCAUGUAUGCCUAGGCAAUUCAUUCCUUGCUGUCCUUCAUUUUGUUUUCCCAGGGUCUUCGCGAGUUAUUCCAGGACAUAACUAUUUCGGUCGUUUGGUCGCACCUUCUACCUAAUGUUCAGUUCAAUGGAGGAUGCGACGUCGAGGACACAACCCCAUCUAAUGAAGGAUUUGGGGCAUGGUGAAUAAUUAGAUAUGCUAUUAGCUAGCUCAGCUUGGUGGCGUAAAUGAGACUUCGCUUGAUCUCGAUG